GAAUGCUGCACGUCAUACAUUGUUGUUUGUGCACGGUUCAGUACGGGCUAGUAAACAACACAUUCAUUUCCCGUCUCAGGAUAUAUUUUGAUAUAACUUGAUUUCCAAAAUGAGGAGAAAAUGUAUAUAAACAGUGUUCCUUGAUAUGUUUCCCGUUUUAACCCACAUAUUCUUAUUUUAAAUGGCUGGAGUGGGCAGCGACGAAGAAGGCGAGAGCAUGACUGUCGAUUUCUGUGAAAAACAAGCCUCCAAUUCCGCUCAAAAUUUUGUGCAUAAUUAUCUCGUUUAUGAUCGUAAUAAUCCAGCUACUGGCCGGACUAGAGAUCCUUAUGAUUACGCUAAGAAAUUUACUGAAUUUUUUCUCCGUUAUUUUGAUUACGAACUUCGUCGAUCGUCAAACAGCUCAAAUAACCACACGGAAGUGAAUUUAGUGGUUGACGCACACGGAGCAAGUGCAGCUGAGUCGACAUCUCGGACAGGUGUUGUCCCUCAAAAUGGUGGUGACCAUAUACAACAUACCCACACUGACGAUUAUGAGAGGGACAGUAGUCCCGAUAGAGGCGUGAGUCCGUCACGGAAACCCAAUAAAGGGAUUUUGAGACGCUUUUCUUUUAAAAGUAUUCGUAAAUCAAAACUGUUUAAACAGGGUACAGAAGAUGGUGGUGAGCCCCCAUCACCCAACCCAAAAUCAAAAAAUAAAAUUAAGAAAGAUGGAAAACACAGAGUUUCUAGUACUCAAGAUAUUCAGAAAGAAGGCAUUGUGAACGUUUUAUCUGGGGAAGAUGCGAAAGGAAAGUCACGAUGGGAGAAAACAAGACUAGUUUUGCUGAAGAAUCAAAGUGGAUAUCAAAUGGAGUUUUUCUCUCCACCAAAGGUAAUUUAUGAUUCUAAUUACUAAUUAUCAAUCAAUUAUAUUUGAAAUUUCUGCACUGCCCACUGCCGAAGAUUGUUUCAAUUAUGUACUUAUUUAAUAUGGAAUUAUAAUUGGCAGUUCCUGAAUAGAGUAAUAACCCUAGACUAGUAGCCUGCUGUAAUUUGUGGUUUAACGGACACUGCACACUGUGAGUUGUGCAAAACACCCACAACUGACCAUUAAAAAUUUAAAGGUGACAAUCAAUUUACAAUAGGCCUAAUGAUAAUGAAUGACACUUUAAAAGAAUAAAAUAUUGGGAACUGUAAGUAACUGGUAUCUGUUAUUUUAUCAUUUUUCAUAACUGCUUUUAUUAAUUGCAUUAUUACACAUUAGCCAUAGAAAAAAGGGAAAAAGGAAGCAAUGCAUAUAGUUUUAGUGUCAAGAGAGAUUUAGACUCAAGCGAAAGAUGAACUUUAAUUUAGAAUUACAACAUAUACUCUCUAACAAGCCUGUUUGUCAAACCCUUAAGUUUUUGAACUGGAAAAUCCUGAAGAAAGGUGUAUUCUGCUUAUAAGCAGACCCCAUAAAAUGAUACGCUAUUAAUAAAAAUAAAUUAUUUUUUGAAAAGUCCCAACUUUUAAAAACAAUUUUGUGUAAAUAAAAGAUUUAAAAUCUAAUAAACAUACAAUCACCAACCUACACUUUGCGGAUGACAUAAACUGGCUGGGAACGAAGAAGAGCUAGCCAACCUAGUAAAGCGUCUCGACAAGACUUCAUUGUCCUUUGGCAUGGAAAUCAGUGCAGAAAAGACAAAAUUGAUGAUAAAUAACACCACCGGCAUCGCCACUGAAAUUAAGGUGGGAGAGGAAAGAUUAGAAACAGUAGACAGCUUCAAAUACCUAGGAGCAAUAGUCUGGGAAGAAUGUUCCAAGCCCGAAUUGAUGUCCAUGAUUGCCCAAACCACAACAGCACUAAAGAAGCUCAAGAAGAUAUGGAACAAAAAUUUAGCCCCAGCACCAAAAUCAGGCUGAUGCGCUCAUUAGUUCUCUCCAUUUUCUUUUAUGCCUGCGAGUCUUGGACAUUAACAGCAGAACUUGAAAGUAAAAUAAAGGCGAUGGAGAUGUUUCAGAAGCAUUCUUGACAUCUGCUAUAGAGACCAUAUCUCCAAUGAUCAAGUGAAAGAAAGGAUUCGUCAGGCAAUUGGGCAGUACGAUGACCUCCUGGUGACUGUAAAAAAGCGCAAACUGGAAUGAUAUGGCCACGUGACAAGGAAACAAGGACUCUCCAAAGCAAUCAUGCAGGGCACAACGAGAGGAGGAAGAAGAAGAGGAAGACAGGGAAAUAGAUGGGAAGAUAACAUCAAAUAGUGGACGGGACUAAAACUAGGCGAUGCUGUGCGAAGUGCAAAAGACAAAGACAAAUGGAGGAGGAUAGUUUACAUGUCAUCUGUGGCCCCCCAAAGGUCCAAGGACUAAGGGACAUGAUGAUGAUGAAACGUACAAUAUACUGAAUCCAUCCAUCCCUGUGGCACUACAGCCCAUGUAGGGCUUUGACCUGCCUCACUACUUCCUUCCACUCAGACCUAAGACCUAACUAAUGCUUUUCUUUUCCAUGCUUGAAUUCCCAGCUGUUGUAGAUCUUUUUUUUCACAUCAUCCAUCCAUCUAAGCCUAGUGUCAUGGCCACUUUGAUCUAUAAAGGUGGGGUGGGGGAAUGGAAAUUAAGGCUGAAAAUUUCUUAAAUCAGAGAUACAUUUAACUUUGCAUAAUUCUACAUAUAGCCGGAGAAUAACAGAAGAAAUUCUAGUGGAAGUUUAGGUUACCUUGACCUAGCUGUGUCCAAAUAAAUCUUUCAAGUUUAGAGGUUACUAAACAGUAAUGUUGUUUUAAAACAGUCCAAAGGAGAGGACAUUAUACAGAAAUGGUGAAUAUUAUAAAAAAAAAAAUAUUAAAAAAAAAUUAAAUAAAAAAAAAGAAUAUAAGGGAAAAGUUUGGCUGCUCUCUAUAUAUUUAAGAUGUGCCUCAAUGCCAAAAAUGAAAAUAAUAACUAACUGAAUGAAGAAAUAAGUUCUUUUGCGGUGCAUUCCGAGGGCCAGAAUAUUUAACACGGAGGGCAGCAUGCGGGCCUCAGGUUGGCCACCCCUGAUCUAGAGAAAAGAAGGUUAAACAAAACUUUUUUCAGGCCAAUUUUACUUACAAAGUAAGUUGGGUACCAAUAAUAAGUUUGAUAGUGUGGUGUAAAGAUAUUUUUUUAAAAAUGGUUAAAAUGCUUACAAUAUGCUUUUGAGUCAGUGAUUUCCCAUUCUUGCAUUUCUUAUGAGGACUCCUUAUCAGCUGGUAUUUUUUAGCACAUAAUUACAAUUGAUCAAACAUUUACAGAUUAUUGAGGAGUUAAGGGAUUUUUGUUCCUUGCCUCUCGCUACAUAAAGAUAAAAAUGUUUAAUAAUAUUGUUACGCACUGGCUUCUAAUAUGAGAAAUUAAUCUCCUAUUUUAAUUGUAAUUGGCUCGUUGUAAGCAGUGUCUAACAAAGGACGAUACCAUAGAGUCAAAAAUAUUAAAGAUACGACACCCAAAACAGUUUCUAGUUACUAUUAAUAAGAUUUAAUAAGUAUUAAUUUAAUUACAAAAGAAAAGAAAUAUAAUUACAAAUCAUCAACUUGUAAGUAUGGUAGAUCUUGUACCGGUACACAGUUAAUAAAGUUAGAAUAAUGUGCCAAUGAAUACUAAUGAUGAAUGCGAAAUAAACACAUAUGAGUAUGAGCACACAAAUACACAAAGAAUAAUACACGUCUCGUAAAGUUAAUAAUUUCUAUCUGAAUCUCUGUCUCUCCGUCCGUGCCUGUCAAUCCCUUAUAUAGGUCGCGUAAGCCCUGCCUUCCAGAAAGACUUAUGACGUGUUGUUUACAUUUCUCGGGUUAUCGAGCACAUUCCAGAAUCUACCAGGAGACAUGCUACCCAAUGUGCAAUUGGAAGCCGAUAGUAAACAAGAUACAUCAAAGGAAUAGGCCAGGCCCACAACAGACGUUACUGUCUGCUAGGAUUCUAAUUUAGGUCAAGUAAAAUUCAAGCACGGGCAAUGUAUGCUACAUAACAAUAUAUAUGUAUGUAUGGCAUCUUUCCGUCUGCGGAAGACGAUAGAUUAUCUUUAUUGCUUGCAGCUCUUGGUGUGGCUGGUGAGACCAAUCCUCGAAUGGCAGUCUCUGUUACAUUUCCCACACACGAAUGCGGUGGAGCAGUAUUAAAACGGCCUUCCUCCUCGCUCUUUUUGCAGCUGUUUCCGCCCUGUUUUGCUCCUCGGCAUGUAGUGAUCCUGCCUUCACGAUGCCCUGCCAUGAGGAUCGAUCCUCUGCCAGCUCCUUCCAGUUUUGAGAUGUCGAUAUUGACCGACUUCAUGUCUCUUUUGCAUAGCGUAUAUUUCCAAGUAGUGCUCUAUCCACCGCUUUAGUUGUUUAUCUCGAUCAGUAAUAAUUUCCCCUGAUUUGGACAUUAAGGGCGCAGUCUUGGAGAUCAGAGGGCCUGUUGUUUGCUUUAUAUUCUCGCACAUUGACUUUGCAUCACCUCUAUCAGCAGCUGAUUCUGUGCUGGAGCCAGUAUGUGUUAGCCUAGUGGCGAGCUGUCUGCUGGGCAUUUGUCUUGGCGCUUUUAAAGUUAUUGUAGAGUUGCUGGGCAAGGUCUGUCUUUAUAAGCUAAGAGGGCCUUUCUUUUGCAUCGGUGACAUGUUUCAUUUCCUGCGAAUGGGCCUUGAACCAAUCUGCCCUUUUGCGCUCUCUCUUUCCAAAUGCCCUGAUAGCCGAGUUAUAGAUAGUGUCCCUCAAAUGUGGCCAUUUGGACUCGAUAGUGUCCAUUGGUGGCGUUUGUACAAGAGCUUCUUGUAGACUAUGGGUGUAUACUUCUGUUCUUUCUGGGUUUUUGGUGGAGCAGAUGUUUAUGCGUGGUUUACUCUUGUUUUUAGUGUGAUACAGUUUCUUUGGCUGUAGCCUUAUCUUGCUAGCCACUAAGGAAUGAUCAGUGUCGCAGUCUGCGCUGUGGUAGCUGGGUGUGAGGAGGGCACUGGCCAGUUGUGUGCGUCUUGUGAUUAUGAGAUCUAACUGGUGCCAGUGUUUAGAGCAGGGAUGCCUCCAUGACACUUAGGUGGAUAGCCUUACAGUUGAAGUAGAUGUUAGUUACACAUAGUCCAUGUAGGCAGCACAGUUCCAAUAGUCUCUGCCCAUUUUCAUUUAGCCUGACUCUUCCAAAGUGACCAAGGCAUGUUGGCCAGGCCAUGUGAUCGCUUCCUACUCUUGCAUUGAAGUCACCCAAAAGGUAAAUUGCUUCGUUGUUGGGUAUGCUGGCUAUUGUUUGAUUAAGAUCUUCGUAGAACUUUGAAAUCGAUGAUAUAAAUACAUAUAUAUUAUUUAUUUGCAUGUGUGGAGUAAUUUUUCCUUAGAAAAACUUGUUUAUUUUAGUUAUCACUAUUAUCAGGGAGAAUGAAAAAUUCCAGUAGAACCAAUGAAGUGGUAACAUAGCUGAAUGAUAUAUGUAGUAACAUUGCCCAAUGAUACAUAUAUAGUAUGAUGGUCCAAUGAUACAAGUAAAGUAACAUUUUAAACAUGGUCCGAUGAUAUAAAUAUAGUAAUAUGGCCUAAUGAUACAAGUAUAGUAACAUAGUGCAAUAUUUUAAGUACAGUUGAACCCUGCUAUAAUCAGAAUUUGAACACUGAACGUUCAUGGCCUUGCUCCUGAAUUUUGUUAUAUUCAUUUGCUCAUGGAGUUUUCAUUUUGAAAUAAUAAUAAUAAUAAUAAAAAAAGUUUUUUUUAAAAACAUGCUUCAUCCUCAAAAGCUCGAAGCGGGGUACAACGUCAACAUAUUAAAAAGAGAAAUAAAAACAAUCUAAAAUUUACCACAUUUAAAACAGACGCAACAAUAUAAAGCUACAUACGAGCAUACCAAGUCAAAGUCUUUCAUCCCGUUUCAACCAUAAGCAACACAAGCCAAUAUACAUUAACCGAAAAAGAUGGUAAAUGGCAUCACCCCAGAAGGUGUUUGCGAAAUAGAUGAGUUUUUAAUCGGUUUUAAAUGACUCCAGUGUCUGGCUGUUUCUGAGAGCGACUGGAAGGGCGUUCCAAAUUGUUGGGCCGGCAAAUGCAAAAGUGCGCUUUCCGUAAGUCUCAAGGCGAACACACGGUAUUGAUAUUUUGCCACUAUCGGAGUGGGUACAUAAGGCGUCAUGAGUGCUUUGAGAUAAGAUGGCGCCAGGUCAUGUAAGGAGCUGUAGCACAGAGUUGCAAUUUUGUACUCUAUGCGAGCGCGGACCGGCAGCCAGUGCAGCUACCUCAGAAGUGUUUUAGCAUGGUCGAAUUUGCGCUUGCGAAGAACAAUGCGAGCCGCAUUAUUCUGUGCUCUUUGAAUUUUAUCCAGGAGCAUAGCUGGGAGACCCACCAUGAGAGCAAUGCAGUAGUCCAUGCGUGAUAACACAAAUGCAGACAUCAGCCUCUUUGAUGCAUCUAAUGUUAAGAAAGGUCUGAUAUGAUUAAUCCUGCGCAGCUCUAGGAAAAUUGCCUUGCAAAGCAUGUUAAUAUGAUUUUCCAUAAUAAGUGUUCUGUCUAAAUAGACACCCAGGUCUCACACUGUAUGAGCAAACUCAAUCUGCAUACCUGAGAGAGUAAUUGAUGUUGUCUGUUUUACAGAUUUUUGUUUCUGAGCAGUGGCAAUGGGGAUCAGCUCAGUCUGUUCAUCAUUCAAUUUGAGCUUGUUUAUGGUCGUCCACUGCUUAACUGACUCCACUGUCUUCUGUGUCGUACUAAGAAGUUGAGGGAACUGAGAGGGGAUCACGGAUUGAUGAAGUUGUGUAACGUCCGCGAACAUGUGAUACAGCAUGUCAAAUAACAUGAAAAGAGGAGAAAAAUGAAUAUUCGCAUACUCAUACUAAACAAUGAUACAUCCAAUAAAACCAGUCCAAACUGAAAAACCAAUAGCUCACUAACCAUAAGAGUUGUUUUAUAGAGAAUCACUCAUAUUCCUGUCUGUUUAAAAAUCCAACAUUUAUUCUUUUAACUUAUUCUAACAAUUGGAAGCCUGCUUAAUUUCAGUAUUACCUACUGGUUUGGGAAUUCAACGUCUGAUAUUAAAAUUAAACAGUGCAUAAACCGACUAAUCAAGAAAGCUAGGAACAUAACACAAACUAAACAUCCUUCACUGGAAGAACUAUACAAACUAAACAUCCUUCACUGGAAGAACUAUUUGAAGAAAGAUGUUUUUGUAAAACUAAACACAUUUUGGAUGAUACAUCCCACCCUCUUCUUUACAAAUACUUAGGAUCGGGCUGUUCGGGACAAAUUCUUUCCAUCAGGGUGAGGACUGACAGAUAUAAAAAUUCUUUUGUUCCCCAAUCUGUCUGAAUUUACCGGCGUGCUUCCUCUGAAGUCAUACAUCUUAAUGAGAACUAAAAAGUCCCUGAUUUUGCAAAGAGAACUCACUAAAUGGCUGUUUGAAAUAAUUUAUUAUAAAUGUCUUGUGUUCAAAUUGUUUUAUUUUUGUGCUGAAAAUGUAUAAUGCAAUCAAAAAACAUUUCCAUUUAUUUGGAUCAAUAAAAGAAUCUUUUCUUAUCGGAAUCCCACCAGUAUCGGGAUCCCAUCGGGAAACGGGAUCAAACCUGUAUUAGGAUCCCACUGGUAUCGGGAUCCCACCGUAAAUUUGUAAAACCAGUGGCGUAGCUGGGGGGGGGGAGGGGAGUGAGGACCGUACCUUGUGACACCAAAUUGAAAAAUUGCAUAUUUACAGCGCACACACUGCUCUGUGUAACUGAAUUUCAUAAAAGUAUAACCAAUCACACGUAAAUUUUCCACACAUGUCGUAAAACAGGCCGUGUUCUAACCCCAAACUUUUUAGCAUGGUAUUCUCUUGUUAGUAUAAUAAGGUGGGGGAAAAUACAUAAUGUAACCUUAUGUUGUUGUUUUUUUAUUUUUGGAACUAGUUGUGCCCCAAAUUAGAAAACUGUUGUACACAAUUUGAGUGCCUUUUUGACUCAAUAUUUCCAGUAUUCUGCAUGCGAUACAAGUAAUUAAAUAUUGGAACAAGAUAUGUUUAGGCUUGAAAAAGAAGACAGGAAAAUUGCAACAACAUUUCGGCCUUGUUCAACAGACAAGACUAACAAGAAACAACAAAUAAAUAGAAAUUUAAAACUUAAGAGUUUGAAGAUUCUGGUAAAAUUUGGUUCUCAAAGUCUCUUUAUUAUAGAAACAGAUACGCUAUUUUGGCUAACGCUUUAGUUUUAAAUUUCAACUAUUUCACAUGCGCUAUACUUGAGAAAGAUUAUCCUUGUAAAAUUGUGCUUUAUCGCGGGAUUCCCUCCGUUGCUCACCUCUAUGGUCGUCAAUGCUUUCAGCUUGUUUUAACUCAUUGCUAUCGUCCCAUGUAAUGGAUGUAAUGUGAACCCCCAGUCUUCUGUGUAUGUUGUAUAGUCGUCUUCUAGCAAACACAUUUAUUAGAGAAUACUUCACUAAAAAAAAUAAUUUGCUAGCAAACACAGAUUGAUUAGAGAGAACUUUACUAUUUUAAAGAUACUGCUGUGACAAGUUCAAGGUCGCAGUGUUUUUCUCAAGAUUAGGAUAACACGUUGUAGGUUUAGCUUACAUAACAUCUAAGUGAAGUGGAAUUUCAGCAUACAACUAUGCUUCUUGAUUCUCUGGAUUCUAGGGGAUGGGGGGGGGGGAACCUUGUUGGUUGACGUGAUCAAAUGUUGGACAUCGGCGAUAUAGGUGGGCAGACGCAGACCUUGUUGGUCGACGUGAUCAAAUGAUGAGCAUAGGCGAUAUAGGUGGACAGACCUUGUUAGUCGACGUGACCUUAAAGUACUAGGGCAUCAAGAAUGUAGGUGUCAUUGUAAUAGCCUCGUAAUUUUUGUUUUUUCGUAUUUUGCUUUCCAACACCGGAAUUUGAUAGACUUCAUAUUGUUUGACAUUAUCAACUAGUUGAGUUCUAUACUACACACCGUCAUGCUAUACUGUAUACUUAAUUAGGAACGAUGCGCUGCGUUUCCAUUUUUGAACCAGCAUAUGUUUAAAAAGUUCAUGUUUAGUUGCAAAACAAAUUUGGUGAUUAUUGGUGUUGGAAACAAUUGAUCCUAUGCCAUUGUAAGGAAAUUACUACAUUAAUAUUUAUAUUCCAACUCUAUCACCAUCAAAGCCGAUGUUGCCGAAAACUUUCCCCAAUCAUCCCAAUGUCAGAGUUCGAGGUCAUUCCAUGACGACACAGGCAGAGAGACUUGCUAUAAUUAACGGCGAAUAAGUCCACCUCCAUCCACAAUGUCAGAGACUGUGGCAUAGGAAGGGGGGUGUGGAGUAGCGGUCCGCCCCGGGCAGCAUUUUUUUUCUUUUCAAUGAAAAUUGUUGAGGGGGGAGGGGGUGCAUUAUCAGCCACUGCAUAAUUUUUCGUAGAUGGAGAGGCAGAAAAAAGCUUGGCCCGCAGCCGGGGGAACAACACUGGCUACCCCACUGAACGGAAACAAACUUCGGUAAUGUGCUAAACAACAAAACCAUUCAGCUCAUGACAUCACAGGGCGACCAUGUGAAAUCUGAAAUGGCUUCCAUAUCACUUGAUUGUUUUCAGGAUAGAUAGUAAAUAAAUAGCGUUGUGAUUUCCCAACCAUUCAUGUCAAGUAAUUCAGAGGGUCAAAAACAAGUAACGGGUUGGGGGAGAGUUUCAAGGGAAAACAGACCAUGUUGCACGGGACUCAAUAAUAAUUGGUGUGGAACAGAAUUGAUAUGGGGAGCUGCAAACAGAAUUCUGAGUUAUUAUUAUUGAUGGGUUGUUCAGUUGCGGAGGCUUACUAGAGUAAAGGGGUUGUCACUGGUGAAGGCUCAGUGUUUUGGGGGCAAGUGGCACAUCUAGGGGGGCUGAAGGGAACAGCCGCCCCAGGCGGUACUAAGGUUUCGGGGAAAAAUUGUUUUUUUCAAGAGACCUAUUAAAAAUAAACUUAAAAGGGCAAUACAUUCUGUUUUUGCUUUCAAUAGGCAGUUUCAUUCCAAUGAUAUACAUUCUGUUUUUGCUUUCAAUAGGCAGUUUCAUUCCAAUGAUGUUAAUUUAGUGUACAAAACGUCCUGUUAAAACGGGAUUGUCCCGUUGCAUUAUUCCAGUCUAUUCACAAGUACAGUAGGUAAUGGGACCGGAAUUGUUCACAGAUGAUUGUAAGCACAUUGUGUAGGAUGUUACGCACUGACUUGUAUUGGGAGAAAUUAAUCUCCUAUUUUAAUUUUAAUUUGGCUCGAUGUAAACAGUGCCUAACAAAGGACGAUACCAUAGAAUCAACAAUUAUUAAAGAUACGACCCAAAACAGUUUCUAGUUACAAUUAAUUAAGAUUUAUUAUGUCUAAAGAUAAUUACAAAAUAAAAUAAAAUAAAAUUACAAUCUUCAACUUACAGUAUGGCAGAUGUCGUACCGGUACACACUUAAUACAAUUAGAAAUAAUGAUGCCAAUAAAUAAUGCGGAAUAAACACAUAUAAGUAGGAGCACACAAAUACACAAAGAAUAAAACACGCCUCGUAAGGUUAAGAAAAUCUAUGUGAAAAAUCUCCCUCCCCUCGUGCCUGUCAAUCUCUUAUAUAUAUGUAGAGUAAGAUGCUUCGAGAAGGGCUUAUGACGUGUUGUUUACAUCUCUCGGGUUAAGGAGUAUAUUCCAGAAAUUACCCGAAAACAAUCUACCCAAUGCGUAAUUGGAAGCCGACUGUAAACAAGCCACUUCAAAGACCUAAGCCACACCCCUUUGUGAACACAGCGUCUCAUGCGGGGUCAAUCAGAGGGCACGCACGAGAAAAACAAGCUCUCUAUAACAUAGGAUAAUAAUAAUAGUUAUAAAAAAAACAAGGCAGUUCGGAUCCAUGGGGUUUGUAAAAUCGAUGCUCUACUGUACUGAUAAUUGGGGGUGGAAGCACAAUUUUUGGAGUUCGCGGGGGUUGGGAUUUUCCAAGGGUCAAAGUGGUGCCAUUUUCAGAGAAAAGAUGUACAGUAACUUAUACAUUUAUAUUAGACGACUUUAUUUUCUCACUCUACAUAAGAAUAAGAUUUGACUUGACUUUAUUUUCAGUCUAUAAAGCCAAGGACAGGCCUUUUCUGCUUCCUAAUCACAGAAGUGAGAGAAACAACAGCUUUAGAGAUGCCAGACAGAGAAAAUACUUUUGUUAUAAAGGUACCAUAUGGAACUAUAGAUUACUAUAUCUACGUAACAGUAGAGAAAAGAUCUAACCGUUUAAUGCGUGAUGAAUAGUAUUCAAUUGGUUCACAAUUUAAAACUAUUCAAAUUUUUUUAGAACCAUUGGCAUCCCAUUCCUCUGCUUCCAUCAUUGUAACUGUUCCUUCUAUAUAAUGGUAAUAUUUUUUGUUUAAGGGUGAAGGGACCAUAGAAUAUGUUGUGGAAGCUUCUGAUCCACAAGAUCUCAAGGCCUGGUUGACAGAGAUCAAAGGUUGUAUUCAGCAAAAUCGAUGUGCCGCGACAGCGGAAGGAAUCGCUGCCAUGUGAGUCAUAUAGUAUUAAUAUGUGGUCAUUUAGCUGAGACCUAAUAAGUGAGGCUAUAAAAAAUUUUUUUAUAUAAGGUAUCUAACUGAAGCCAUUACAAAAAUAAAUUUGUAUAUUAUAAAUUUCAAUAUUUCCAUGUCUUUAAUUGUCCCUAGGAGACCAAGGCUACCCACAGCUCCUUCAGGCUCUAUAGAACGAAAAGGUAAAUAUUGUCUACAGUUUCAGUGGUACAAGGAACAGACUCUUGAAGCUACAGAAAUAAGAUAAGAAAUAAUAACUUGUAUAUCAGAGCCAAAGUCUCAACCUAUUGUUUUUAUAAACCUUCUUGCAAAAUGGUCAAAAAUGUUGAAAACCCUUCCAGAAAUCUAUUAUUAUGUAAUAUUUAUUUUCUUAAAUAUUUAACGGCCAAUAUCUCUGGUUAGUGGAAUGCUUCAGUGCUGAAAUGAGAUACCCACACUAUUCUCAAGGAGCCUACCAAUAUUGUAAUAUUUGGUGGGUCCUCAAUUUACCAAAUUUCUCUGGUUAAAUAUUGAGAAACAGAAGUGAAAGCGUGAUGGUGGCAUCAGAAGAGUGGCAUAGUAAACUUCCACUUCAUAGAGUCAUUCCAUUUUUUUACAUCUCUGAAUUCUCAGGGCAAUUUUGAACAUUGGCAAAUGUAACUUAGCAUUAAAAAAACUGCUAUUUAAAAGCUUUAAUAAAAAAGCGAAAAGAAUUCUUGUUACAUUCGUUUUUUAUCAACCCUAUUGUUCAUGUAUUUUCUAUAUCUAAUAUUUCAGACACAUCCCAGCUGACGUCUCAGCACCGGAGCUCUUCCCAGGGCAGUCUUGGCAGUGCGACGCCCACUGUUCCGCCUCGUCCAUCGCCUCGGCCCUGGAGCAUGAUCCACGUGGACAACAGCAACACAACUCUGAGUGGUCAGAUCAUUGGGUCAGAUCUGAGGGGCUCCCCUAGGGCUGAAAGUGGAUUUGGUCAGUUUUUGUAAUUUGCAUUAGUAAGGAGUUAUCAUGAGUUCUUCUCAGCAGUAUCCUUAUGUAAAGUGUUAUUUAGCAUGUACAUUCAUUAUUUGAUGCUCACAGUUGAUUAGAUAUUAACUUUAUUUAAAUGUCAUAUCUUAGUACCAGUGUUGCUACAAUUACCAAAACUGAAAGGAUAUUGAGAUAUUUUAAAGUGUUGUACUGAAUUUUUGUGAGUCUCUUACAAAAUUUGCGAGGAAUUCGCUAAUCAUUUCACUAAUACAUUAUGGUAGGGGUUCUUAACCUUUUUACAGAGCCUGACCCCGUCUGUCUUGAUUUUAAAACAUUUCCCGAACCCCAUCUCAAUUUCAAAACAUAAUUCACGAACCCCAUAAGGUAAAAAUGCUAAUAAAAAUCCAAAUAAACCUGAUAUUCUGGAUCUUCCCUCACCUAUUGACACUGCGUCCCUGGUUAAACACCCCUGCAUUACAUUAUUGUAUUAACACAGGUGUAUUUUCUUGCUCAUGUACAGAAGCUGUCCACACAGAGGGCCCUGACGGAGAAGGAGGGGUAGAGAGAGUCUUGAGAGAGUAUCCUUGGUUCCAUGGAACACUGUCUCGCGCUGAUGCGGCACAACUCGUUUUACAGCAGGGACCAUCAGGGCAUGGUGUGUUCUUGGUGCGUAAAAGUGAGACCCGUGCCGGGGAGUAUGUGCUUACCUUCAACUUUCAAGGGAGAGCGAAGGUAAGUUCGAGUGUAAGUGUAGACAUAUUUGGAUUUCUAGCUAUAAAGAUACAUUUGGAUAUAUUUUUUUUGGGUGGGUGGAGUUGUAACUAUAGUUUGAUAAAAAUAAUUUGAAUGCUUGUUAAGUUUUCACUCACAUGUAGAAUUGGGGCUCCUAUUUAUUGAAUUCAGAUUGAAAAUGUUUUUAGUCUCAUUUUGGAGAAAAUCAUUGCUAUCUAUUAUUAUUAACUCAUUCCCUACUGCAGUGCUACUUCUGUACUUAAUUUAUUCCUGAGAAAAGGGAAGCAACUCAGUUUUGAAAUUGAUUUACAUUUUAAAAAUAUUUUUUAAAGCUGCUAAAUAUUAAUAAAUGUUAAUGAAUUAAUGACGAAUGCAUCAAAAAAUGAAUAAGGUUUAAUUAAAAUAAAACAUUAGUGGUGAAAAAAUAAUGGACAAUGGCCAAAAAAUCUGGCACUUCGGACAAACACAUGCUAGAUAUAGACGUGCCGUACUAAAGCACACAUAGUUUAAAAGUGAAACAAGAUAAAAACUUCCUGUUUUAAAUUAAAAUCACGCAGAAUCACGCCAUAGCCGGAGGAAGUCUCGAGGGACGCGAUAUUUCAUAGCUAUUUUAAACCAAAAAUAAGAGAGGUGUGUCGCUAUGCACCAGGGCGCAUUUGGACGCAUCCGUUGGAACCCCCAAGCAACGCAUUUAGUCGCAACCGUCGGGAAUGAGUUAAUGUCAAGCAAAAUUUUAUUUACACCUGGAUCUUUUUACUGCAUAAAGUUUUCUUUUCAUUUUUAGCAUUUACGAAUGACAAUCAACAAUGAGGCAAGAUGUCGGGUUCAACAUUUGUGGUUUGAGACCAUCUUUGACAUGCUUGAACAUUUCCGCACUCACCCCAUACCCCUGGAAUCUGGGGGGUCAUCGGAUGUCACUCUAAAUGACUUUAUCGUUGCUGUCGAGCGACCGAGGACACCCAACUCAUCGGGUCUGCAUGGAUCCCCACGUACAAGAGCUGCUGCUGCAGCGCACCACACCACAGGCCGGGGUUCCCUUGGCAUGUCCCACCAUGAUGGAGGUCGGGAUGUGGUCAUUAUAGGUGGGUCAGUUAGGGCACGAACAUCUUCCAUCGAGAAUUUUGUUCGGGAACAGUCACAGGCCCAGAACCAACACAAUCGGGCUAUUGAUAAUCAUUAUUCUUUUGUGUGAUUAGCCAUCUGUCACUAUUUGAGUAACCAUCUGCCACUUGAAGUGCGAAUGGCUUGCAGUCCCAUUUGGAAGACUGCAUACAUCUCAAAGACCAGUUACUGUAAAUUGUAAAAAAAAAAAAAACUUGCCAGAGACAUUUAUUUCACCAAUACUCAAUUGUACCUGUCUAGUCUGUAAGUUAGCACGUUUGUACAGUAGUGCAGGUCAGAUAUAGAUAUAGAAGAUUAACUGUCAAAUGCUUAACUCAGAAUAUCAAAAUUUCACAGAUUUUUAUCUAAGCAAUAAUUAACAAAUUAUUUGCUAUAAAAAUUGUCAAAAAAUCCAAUUGUAAAAAUUUAAUUCAAAAAUUUUUUUCAAAGAGUUUUGAUUUGAAAUUUCAUCUAUAAUAUAAUUCAAUAUAUCUUCCUGUCAUCCAGCUGUUCUGUUGGAAUGAUCGAUUAGUAUCCAAAUUUACAGGCCACAUUCUGAAAUGUUUAAUUUUUUUAUUUUUAAAUGUAUCAGUUCUCAAUCUGUAUCAUCUGACAAUGUAAGGGGGCAAUACUUAUGUUUAUAGUAGUUUAUUUGAUGAGCUUUUAUUAUGAAUGGCCACGUCUCAUGCUGUCAAAUUUCAAUCCUGAGCUUAUUUACAAGCCAGCAAGUUCAACGGUCUCACUGAAAUAUUUAUUGUUCACUUGGUCAUGCUUCGGCUUUAUUUUAAUGAGCAGUGUGUGUAAUUAAUAUGUGACCAUGGUGUGCAAUAUUGAUUUGUUUUCACUUGCUAUUUAUAUACACAUGAUGGACCCAUUCAUAUAAACAUGCUGACAUUCACUUACAUAAAGUAUGACAAAAAAAGGUUUGAUCAGCUAAAAACAACCAUAAAUAACAACAAAAAACCCAACUUUCAUUGUUUUAAAUUUGUUAAAAUUUUAUUAAAAGAUUAUUAGAGCAAUGUUAUCAGUACUAGCUUAACUUAUUAUUUCCAUUUAUUUAUUAUACCCCCUUUGCACUCAUCAACUCAAAAAAGGCAAAACAUUUGUGUCAUAACUUUAACUCAAUACCAAUAUACUUAACCUUAUUAAAAUGCUGGUUCAAAAAUAUAUUAUCUUUUCCUUUACACCUACUCUUGCACAUUUAUUUGUGUACAAUACUUGAUCAUCUUGUCUUUAAAAAUGAUCCCCAACUUUGCUUUUUCAUUGACUUGUUCCACCUUAAAAACCUGCCCAUUGUCAUAAAACAAUUAAGGUGUUGCCAGGAAAGCCUUCUUUUAUUCUCUUUUGUUAUUGUUUCAGAUUGAUCUUCUCCUGGUAUUGUUUGCAGAGGUUAAAUUUUAUUCUUUGUUAUAAGUG